AUGUCAUAUAACAGCUUUCCAAGCAAUCAGCUCUAUGGGGGCCAUAAGUACAGUAACGGUUAUAACGGUGUUUCUUCGGUAAGUGAAAGUGGAGCCACUGGUGGUGGGAAUAAGUAUCGUAAAAGGAAGUAUCACGAGUCUGGACCUGAGGAUAACAUCUUUUUUGAGUUAGGAAAGAAUAAGCGGGUGACUGUAAGACAGUUUAGGAAUAUAAAUCUGGUUGAUAUUAGGGAGUACUACCAGGAUGCUGGGACAGGAGAGAUGAAACCGGGGAAGAAAGGCAUCUCGUUGACCGAGGAGCAAUACGAUGAAUUGUUACAUAACCGGUUUCAGAUAGACGAUGCUCUGAGACAGUUUGGUUCGAAGAGGAAGAAGUUUAAGAUGGUGCCAAUGGAUGCCUCUGAUGAAGAAGGAGCUGCCAUAAAGAAAAUUGAUCUGAACAAGAGAAAGCGCGUUGAAAACAAGGAGAAGUUGGACGCUAAAGAAGGUGCCAGGAAAGCUGUUGGAGAGGCCGAGGAGCGAGCCAAGGAAAAUGGAAUUAAGAAGCAUGCUGUGGAACGUGCAGAGAUUCCAGCGACAAACCCGCUAAAUCCGCGGCUGGACGAUCUUGCGAAUCCCAGACUAGAUAAUGCAGUGAUGAAUCCAAGGCUGGAUGAUCUGGCAAAAAAAGAAAAGCCAAGAGAGAAACAACACAUAUCUCCUCAUGAAGAUGAUGAUCUGAAUUCCAGCGAUGAGGAUUUCGCUCAAGCAUUAGAAUCUGAGGUGAGGAGGCAGGAUGAAGAUAUAAGUGAAGAGGAAUAA